UAGCACAGCGCUGGUCUGACAUCAUGCACAUAGAUAAUCUAGCUAGUCUACCCAUUUAACCAAUGUUUCAUUGUAUUUUAUAGUCCUUCUUACUAGUAAUAAUAUAGCACCAAUGUACAACUUCUAAUCACUUGAUGAUAAGACUCACUAGGUACUCGACUAGCACAGUCUGACAGACUUAAAGCGCGCAUUGUUUCCCCUUUGAAAGAUGGAGGAGUACUUUCUCCGUUUUGCUUUUCCAAAAGCAAGUGUGUAAGGAUUAUGCUGACUAUUGAUGUCAAUGCACUCAAUGGCAUCUGUUAUGGACGACCCAACCCUUCAAAGCAAUUUCAAAGGCCACAAAGAUGCCAUAACCUGCGUAGACUUCAGCCCCAACCACAAGCAACUAGCCACUGGGUCGGCUGAUAAAUCCCUGAUAAUCUGGAACCUGAGUCCCAAGGCCAGGGCCUUCCGCUUUCCGGGGCAUAAAGAUGCUAUUACUGGGAUCCAGUUCUCCCCUUUUGGUGACCUUGUGGUAUCUGCCUCCAAGGACAUGACAGUCAGAUUGUGGACCCCUAGCAUUAAAGGAGAGUCAACAGUUUUUAAAGCCCACACAGCCGUGGUGCGAAGUGUUAGCUUCUCUCACGACGGCCAGAAGCUGGUGACGGCCUCCAACGACAAGUCAGUGAAGGUGUGGAGCGUCCACAGACACCGGUUCCUCUAUUCCCUCAACCAGCACACUAACUGGGUGCGCUGUGCCAGGUUUUCUCCCGACGGACGUCUUCUGGCGUCUUGUGGUGAUGACCGCACGGUCCGACUGUGGGAUGCCUCCACCAAACAAUGUGUGAACAGCUUCACAGACUAUGGAGGGUCAGCAACAUGUGUAGACUUCAACUCCAGUGGUACCUGCAUAGCAUCCUCAGGAGCUGACAACUCCCUGAAAAUCUGGGAUUUAAGAACUAACAAACUACUUCAACAUUACCAAGUCCACAGUGCGGGGAUCAAUUGCUUUUCCUUCCAUCCAUCUGGUAACUACCUAAUUAGCGGCUCAAAUGACAACAUGGUGAAGAUCUUGGACCUGCUAGAGGGACGCCUCAUCUAUACCCUCCAUGGCCACAAGGGUCCGGUCUUCGCUGUGGCCUUCUCUCGAGGGGGGGAGCUCUUUGCCUCUGGGGGUACAGAUGCCCAGGUUUUGGUGUGGAAGACCAACUUUGAUAUCAUAGACUACCGAGAGCUUCUGAGCAAGCACAGCCAGCGGGUCAGCCUGGACCCCCCCCCUCAUCUGUUGGAUAUCUACCCCCGAGGACCCCACCUCCACUCCCCCCAGUCUGGGGCCAUAAAGAUCAAUCCCGUUGUGGCAGACACCCAGUCCACUGACCCUGACGUCAUAGAUGUGGACCAGACACUCUACUCCUUUAUGGUUGUCAACCGGUUUCCAGUGCUGCAUGGGAACACUGACUGCCACUCUGCCGGGUUGCCCGGGCGACAAGUAGCCAGUCCGGGUCCCAGUGAGGGGGCCAGUGAUUGUGGGCAGGGUUCACCCUCACCGUCUCCAUCUAGGCCAGGUGGAGGGGCGGAGGAAGGAGGGAGAGAGGAGACGGGGGAUUGGAACACGCAGGAGGUGCCCUCGGCCACGCCCAUGGGGUUCCACACAACCCUACAGCACAUUGUCCACCAACUUGAAAUCCUCACUCAGAAUGUGUCGAUGUUGGAGAAGAGACUGACACUGACAGAGGAUAAACUGAAGGAGUGUCUCCACAACCAAAUCCAAAUCCUGCAGGGACAAGGGGAGAAAAAGGAGAAGAAGAGAAGGGAGACGGCGGAGGAAGAGGAGGCAGGGCGCAGUCUCCCCCAUUUUGGUUUAGGAUAACUCCCUCCACACUGUAGCAUCUAGCUGUGAACAAGGAUUAUGAAAAAGGUAGCCUGGGUGUCUCCUUCUUUGCCAUAUGAGCUUUACCUUUAAAGCUUGAAUCCAGAAUGUGGUUAGAAUCAAGAGUAAGAUACAUAAUUUGUUCAUUUGAAAGGAAACUUUUUCUUGAGUCUAUAAAAAUGGAUUCCCUUAAUAAUGAUUUAUUGUCUAUUUAUACAAAUGAAUAAAAACAUUUAUAUAUUUUGCAUAUAAGCAUAUCAAGUCUCUUGUGUUUGUACAUGUCCUCCAUACCUGCACAUAAAUGCACAA